AUGCUCGACGCGCCGACGUGCCUCCGGUCGGGGUUUAUUCUCUCCCUGAGCUUUCUUCUCAUCUUCACGGCGUACAGCGCCACAGAGGUCCUCGAGACGUCGAUCAUUCCGAGCCAUUGUUCCGGCUGCGACGAAGGACCAACCACCGGCACGUGCCAGUACGGUUCCAUGUGCCAGGAGAAGCAGCAGUUUGCUUGCGACGUUGCGUGCACGGCACCGUUCCGCGAAUGCAAAUCACCGCUGGGCGGAGUCGUCAUGGGCACCAUGUACUUGACGUUUAUGACCAGCGCCAUGGCAGGUCCAUUUCUUCCACAUUAUUUUGGCGAAAAGAAGAGCAUGGUGGGCAGCUCGACCAUGUACGCCGUAUUUGCGUUGGCCAAUUUGGUCGUGGCGUUGAAUCCAACCAACGUGGUGUUGCAAUGGGGUAUCAUGCUUCCCACAGCCGUGCUCGGGGGUGUCGCCGCCUCCUUCCUCUGGAUCUCCCAGGCCAGCUACUUGACUCGCUUGAGCGUGCUGUAUUCGCAAUUCAAACGAGUCCCCGCCAUCGCGUCCGUCGGUCUCUUCAACGGCAUCUUUCUCUCGUUUUUUAAAUUGGCCACCCUCGCUGGAAACACCAUUUCGGCACUUGUCCUCAAUGCUCUGCAAUGGUCGACAGUCAGUUUGUUCUGGAUCUACACGGCCACGUCGGUCGCGGGCACGGCGCUGCUGUGCCUCAUCCCAGACCUGCCUCUCCAAGCCGCCGCCCCCCUUCCCACGGAAUACACCAAGCUCCUCGAGCCCGACUCUGCCGUCGCCACCAUGCGAUCCCUCGCCGCGUUAGCCAUGGACAGACGCAUGCUCGCGUUGACUCCCAUAAUGCUUCUCAAUGGCCUCCAGCAAGGCUUCCUCUCUGGCGAGUUCACGUCGAAUGUCGUGCGCGAAUCGCUGGGUAGCGCCGCCAUCGGCACUGUGUUUGCCGUCGUCGGGCUCGUCUCUGUCUCGUCGUCGUUUGUGUUUGGCAAGUUGGCGGACAAAUUUGGCCCCCUGCCCGGGCAACUCGUGAGUUUUGCGGCGCUCCUGGCGGCGUACAUCGUGUGCUACGUAGCCACCGUGACCAAGUGCGACGACCAGUGGUCCCUCGUCCUGACGGUUGGCGUCAUCCUCAGCAUCGGCGACGCUUCGUCGUUGGCCCUUGUUAACGUGGUUCUGGGCCAAGAAUUCCCCCACGACACGGUGAACGCGUUUUCCCUUUUCCGGGUGUACCAUGCUGGCGCGACGAGCUUUAGCUUUUUCUACUUUCCUACGCUCACAUUCCACGGUCGACUGGUGCUCCUACUUGCGGCCAUCGUUGUCUCCGCCGUGUCGUAUAUGCUGUACUACUUGCGCUUCCGCCAAGCCAGGCACUAGACUAACUAUUGGGGGGGGUACCGAGAGAAUGCCACGUAGGUUGGGUCUUCCAGGGGAUGUACUGGAACUCGCGUAAACCCGUCAAACGAUGCCUUGUCUAGUCGCAUUUCCGACAGCCCUUGAUGCUGGAUUUGCACGUAAAACGGCAAAUAUCUAUCAAAAUAAUACAAUGAACCUCCUUAGAG